AUGGAGGAAAAACCAUUGAAAAGUACUGGAUCCAAGUUUGGGAGCUCCGACUCUUUCCAUACAUUGACAAAACCAACUUUGUUUGGGUUGUAUGAUGAUGAUGUUGUAAAGAGUGAGGAUACUGAAAUAUACGAGGAAGUAAAGAAGACGUCUAAUGAAAAGGGUUCCGUAGCAGGGAAAGAGGAAGAGCGCCUAAAAAGUUUACCUAGUGUAUCCACAGUAGCUACUACUUGGAUCGUUCUGUCUGCUGCUGGUAUCGCAUACCACGAAUUGUCAAAGAAUUUGCAUGAUAAUCACGAAUUACAUAAUGAUUUCACCUCUCAUCCAUUGUUAUUGGCAGCAACAAUUGCCCAGUCUCUAAGUUUUGGAUACAUUCCACCAUGGGUUGCAUAUGCGAUUGAGGGUAUUGUUUUUGGCAGUAUCGUGCCAAUCUUGGAUUGGCUGUUUGGUAUUUUCGAUACGAACAGCAUUUCAAUAUCAAGUGUUUUGAGGUCUACUAAUGCAAUGUUGGGUGUUUCCUUUGGAAUCCGCAGAAUUGAGUGGUCCUCCAGCCUGCAAGCCAGUGGAGCAUGGUUUUUACUAAAUAUUGUAUUAUGGCUGUUUUUCGACGGUACAUUCACUAUGCUGAUUUCUGGAAUAGCGAUCGGAUUAAUCACAUGUUUGACUUGUUACCACCAUAUCACAGACAAUGCUCAAUUGCUAUACUUUGUGGACUUCUACUUCUUAGGCUUGCUAUUUUUCACCAGGCUUGGAAAGUAUAUGUACCGCCGUAGAUAA